UCGUGGUUCACAUGACACAAGAAUUUGGUUGGUACCCUGGCUGGCUGGCUACGCCUCGAGGCUUUGAUGGUUGUGUUGUGGUUGAAACUAUUUUGGCCUUAAAUCGCUAUUCGUCGCUUCGUUGGCCGUUAAACAAAAAAAAAAAGAAAAAGAAAAAUCAAUAUUUAUCGUCAUCGUCAUCGGUGUGCAUUUCAAUUCAAAUGGGUGUAUUCCUCCACAGUCCACCAAAGAAAAGGUGAAAUAACAACCAUCAAGGGAGGGGGACCACCUGGAAACCUAAAAACAAACCCUCAUCUUCCCGCUUCGAAUAAUCACUUUCCUUUCGCCUCUUUUUCCUUUUCUUUUUUUUCAGUUCGUAUACUGUAUCUAAUUCUCUCUCUCUCUCUCUCUCUCUCUCUAUAUAUAUAUAUAUAUAUAUAUUAAUUGAGUAAAUAAAAACAAGUCAAGUGGAGAAUUGGAGAUGAUUCAAAAAUGGGAGAUGGAAGAAGUGGAAGCCGUUUUAGAAAAGAUAUGGGACCUACACGACAAACUUAGCGACGCUAUCCAUUCUAUUUCCAGAUCUCAUUUCCUUCACUCCCUCCGCAAUUCCAACCACCGCCGUCUAACCGCCGUCAACAACAACAGCAAAGUACCGCCUAACGAUGUUGACGAUGAGGCCGCCGCCCUGAAAGGAGGUUUCGUUUAUGUCAAAGAGUUUCCGAUCGGAGAAGAAGAAGAGGCAGCGGCUAUUCAUGAAGCCAAAAGCUUGAAUUCCAUCCGUACUGCUCUCGAAAACCUAGAAGACCAAUUGGAGUUCUUUCAUACUGUGCAAACACAGCAACGAGUAGAGAGGGAUGCUGCAAUGGCUCGGUUGGAGCAAAGCCGAAUUGUCCUUGCAUUGAGAUUAGCUGACCACCAUGGUAACAAGUACAAAGUCAUUGAAGAAGCAAGAGCUUUUGUUGGUCAAGUUCAAAACCACACUAAAUUUCUCCCACACGAGAAUGGUUACACUUCAGCAGAAUCAUAUACUGCCGGGAAGAGGCCAAAUGUUCUAGCUAAUGUUGUCAUCUCUAGCCUUAACUUUGCCAAGAAGUCUCUCAAACUUGAUCAUCUGGGAGGUGUGUUGGGGAAUGCUGCUUUAUUUGCAGUAAGCAUGCUGGCAUUGUUGCAUCUUCAUCAGGUAGCAGACAGGGAUCGUUACAUAUCAGAUAUCCAACAGAGACAUGAAGCUAAUAAUGGUCUUACCAAGAAUAUGACAAGACUUUAUUUACCUGAAGGGGGUUCUGCUAAUGGUCUAGAUGUCUUAUCAGCCAGGGGUUAAACUAUUAAAGGUGAGUUACCAAUUAGACUUGGUCAUAUUCUGAUUUUGUUAAACUGAAGCAAAGCUGAAGUCUUUGUGGUAGGUGGGUUUGUUAAACUUCCUUUUCAGCAUGUUAUGUUUUUUUUCUGGCAAAUAGCAGAGUCUAGUGUUGUCUUAGAAAGUCUUGGGUUUUAUUGUUUGUUUCCUAAAUGUGUAUAUUCUUAGUCUGUUUUGUUUAGGGUGCAGGAAAAAAGAUUGAGCUUUUGAAUUUGAUUUUUAACACCUUGUUAUGCUUUGACGGUUUUGGUAUGAAAUACACUGUUACCAAUUGGAAUGCUUUUUUUUUGUGGAA